AUGAUGGAAAUGCGAGACGUAACUCGUGCAUCGCUGCUUGUAAUUGAGUCACAAUCGCGAGAUACAGGAUGAGGAUAGCAGCAAUAGACGACUAUGAGCCGGCUAAUUGAUAGAUGACGCCAGUCCGUAAAUGCGCGUAAACGCAAGCUCGCGCGAGGCGGCUGCGUUCACAAAGCGGUGCAAUGUAUCUGUAAUAUAAUGCCAUGUAAUAUCGCGCUCUCGUCUCCGUCAUCGAAAUAUGGUGUCAUCCCCGUCGCGUCGUCACCUUGACGUACCCAGGAUAGAACUGCGCUCACUUCUUUGUCAUAAGAGCGGUCGCCGCGCGUCGCCCGUUCCCUAUACUUUCCAUAAGUUAGCCGAUAAUUGCCGUUCGGUAUUUGUCGUACGUACUAAUGUUACACCCUGCUCUUAUAUAUCCGUCACACAAACUGCGAAUAGAUUUGCAACGACGUCUGUGAAGUCGUUACAUUUCUUCGCGUGUAUUGCUCGCUCGCUCUAGUACUCGGCAAUUAUCUUUACCGCCCUCUUGUCAUUAAAGCGACGUUUCAUCCUCGCGUAGAAAUUGAAAUUACUAUCUCGUCUCGUCAAAUUGCUAUCUUAAUGCCAGCGGAAUUAAUACUUUAUUCUUUAUGUUAUCUAUCUCUGAUUCCGCACGAUAAGCGCGAUUCUCCUUAGUUUCGCGUGAAAUUACUCGUUGGAAUUAAAAUUAAAAAUUGCGUGCAAUAAUUAAGUAUACGAGUAUAGUCAAGUCGAAAAAUAAUAAUAAGCAUUAUUUGUGCAUUUUUUAAACAAUGUAAAAUUAUGAAAUUUGAGCUACAAGUUGAAGCGAUCUCGCGAUUAAUUUUUUAAAAAGAAACCUUAGUGGGACACAGUAUUAACAGGAUCCGGUUGAUUUACUUCAAUAUAUCUCAUCUCGAUCUUCUCGCGGAUUAUAAGUAUCAGUAUACACGAGCUAUAGGUGUAUUAUACAUAUGCAUAUGUCGCUUCUCGCUUCACUUGCCGCGCGUCGAUUGCGAGCGCGCGCCGGCAGCCAUUGGCUAUCGGACGCGGCCAAUGAGCGAAUACUACUCCCAUUCAUAAGUCGCGUCGCUUUCGCGGGUGGAGGGAGAAGCGCGCGCGCAGAACGCUCCGCGUCUCGCGGCUAAAUUCUGACCGGUCAGCGUCAGCCGGGCUCUCGUCAUUCGCGUGCGCGCUCGCUCACCGGUAACCGGUUCGGCUCUUAACUUGGGACUUUUUAACCCUAAACUUGGACGUUGUAUAUUUUACGACGUCACCGCGUUUUACCAUGCGGUUUCCUCUCAUGUCGUUUCCUGUCUAUAGGACGCAAUGUUCACAUUCGAGGAGCCCUCGGCAGCCUCCUGGUGCGGGAUAGUGUUUCGCGUACGGAACUCGCGCGGGACGUCAGCGCGGUUCCGAUGUACGUGAAAUCUCAUUAGUGGUCCCGGUUAUCUACCUCGGAGAGAAGACAGAAUCUUCGAAGAGGAAGAAAACAAAAUCGCUCCUUUGAGGACCGGAGCAGCGUCAAAAAGGAAGCCGCGAAAGAUGGUAGCGCCUUCGAAGACCUGAAGAAAAAGAACUCUUCGGGAGAACUCUCAUUCCUUGCCGAAGGGCUACCGAUCUCGCGGACAUCCUCGAUCGAACAAAUAUAUAUAUAUAUAUAUAUAUUUAUAUAUAUAUAUAUAUAUAUAUAUAUUAUAUAUAUCCUCGUAAGAUAGGCGGUCGCGGAUUGGAUGGUGCCGCGAGGCUUGAUCCUCGGCAGGACGACGACAGGAGCAGGACGAGGGCAGGAGCCGGAGCAGCUGCGCUUUUACGACUCCCCGUCGCCGCCACGGAUGGACGCGAGUGUGUGCUGUCUGCCCGCCGGUGCCGCCGCGGCCGCCACGGGGGUCGUCCACCAGCACCACGUCCACCCCCAUCAUCCGACGUCCCUGUCCGGUCAUCUACCCUCCGCCGCCACCGUCGGCGUCCAGCCGCCGACGAUCCAGCCGACCUACGUCGCCCAUCAUCAGUACGCCGCGGAUCAGAUAGUGCCCGAUCGGGCCCAACCCGACGGGCCCCUCGCGGCCGUCCUCGGGGGAUGCAACCCCCAGGACGGCUGGCAGCAGAUCUCCUCGACGGCACCCGUCACCCCCACCAGCACCACCACCACCGCGUACAUCGACUACUCCUGGCUGCAGAUGCAGCAGACGUCGGACCUGGACACCUUGCUGUGCAGGCAGGAUCUCGAUCGUCUGCAGAGGCUGGACGAGGAUGACUCGGACGCGAGGGAUUCGCGGGAGCCCGGGUCGUCGGUGCACAUGGAGGACUUCUUCGAGGUCAGCGGUCCCACGGCUGUGUGCCGCGGCCAGCAGGCCAGCUUCGUCUCCGCCAGGGGUCAGCCGACGUCCGUCGGUCAGGACGACGACGUGUUCCUCAGGCCGCCGCUCUGGGAGGACAUCACGUCGAGCAUCCAGAAGCUGGACCCGGAGAACGCGGACAUGCUGGGUUCGCAGUCCCACGUGAAACUGGAGGCGGACGACGUGACGUCACCGCCGGUCCUCUCCCCGGUGGAGAUCAAGACGGAACCCUUGCCGCCUCCACCGACCCUGCACCUCCUCGAGGGACCGAAUCCCGGAGGGCAAAAUCCCUUUCCGAACCCAGCCAGUGUUCAGCACGUUGUCCAUCAUCGGACGACGACGACGACGACGUCGACGACGGCGCUCUUCAAGAACUUUCCUAACAACAAUAACAACAACAGUAACAAUAACAACAACAAUAGCGGGAGUGUGAACAGCAAUAGCGCGAAUGGGAACGGCAAUAACGCUAAUGGCAGCGGCGCCAACAACAACAAUAACAACAACAAUGGCAACAACAACAACAGUAGCAACAACGGUAACGGCGACUCGUCGUCGACGACGAGUCAUCAUCAGCCGAGCGGCAACGCGACGUCGCCGCUUUACGGCUCGAUGACGAGGCUGAUGUAUAUUUCGCCGCUGACGCCACCGAUCUCCGAUCCCGGGUCGCCCAUCGGUCCACCCAGGCGGACACCGCCACCCCCGUAUCCCCAGCCUGGCCCGAUCCUGAAUCCGGCACACAGGAUCCAGUCGCAGUCGAUGUCGUCCAAGUUCAACAGGCGGAAUAACCCGGAGCUGGAGAAGCGCCGAGUGCACCACUGCGAUUUCCUAGGUUGUACAAAGGUCUACACGAAGAGCUCGCACCUGAAGGCUCAUCAGCGGAUACACACGGGCGAGAAACCGUAUCAGUGUCAAUGGCCGGAAUGUGAGUGGCGAUUUGCCAGGAGCGACGAAUUGACGCGGCAUUACCGCAAGCACACCGGGGCUAAGCCCUUUAAAUGCGCGGUCUGCGAGCGCUCCUUCGCCAGAAGCGAUCAUCUCGCGCUGCACAUGAAGCGGCACCUCCCGAAGCAACACGCCAAGUGAAGCGAAGGAGCGAGAGGCGCCUGAAAGAGUGAAGGAGAGAUCCUUUCUUCGCUUCCCGUUCGUUCUCUCUCGACUACCUGUAUUGGAUUCGCGAGCUGCGUGAUUUUUCCAGCCGUUCGAAGAUCUUUCGCAGGAGCUCCUCUUCCGAUCCUUCGGUCGAGCGAUUCACUCUGAAAUGUAUAGAAAUUAUGUAAAAACUCUAUUUCUUCAAGUAUUAUUCUUAUCUCUAAACGAUUACGAUAUCUACGGCAUAUUGUUUACGUUGUUAUCACACGCGGAUCUGUCUUUCCAUUCGCGCAAUCCCCCAGUGAUCGGUGAUUAUUUUCAAAUCGAUCCUUAUACGAUCCGUAAAUCACGUUCGUUUAUGUAUGUGCAAUCGAAUUCCCGCUCUUGCGAUUCCGGCUCCGGGUCUCGAUCUCUCUCUUUCUUUCGUCCCGCGCGAUUGGCAAUAUUACAAAUAAUACAAUAUCGACAACGAGGCAUCGAUCGGGUAACCGAGAGCUUCGUCUCUCGCUUCGGUUUUACGUUCAUUACUCUUCGGUUAACCGAUUAUGACGAAACACAUCCUCGGUGUGGGUGGCGAUCGCGAGGAAAUAUUUCGUCAUAGCGCUAUAUGCUCACUCACGGAUACAAUCCGAGAGAGAGAGAGAGAGACUUACGAUCUGUGCAUGUACAUGUAACUGUAACGUCGACGAAGCCUGGAGUCGAGUCGUGCGCGAGAAAAGCAAAGUGCUUGAAGAAGUGCUCUCGGAAAGUAAAAGCAAAAACAUUCGUCUCGAGAGACACAUAUUUUGCUUCUAACAAUCUUUUUAUUUCGAAACGUCAUCAAUGAAUCGUGCAAUUUUUUUCAUCAAAUCGCUCUGACGCAACUCUGCAAAUCCGUUCUCUCUUGCUCUCUCUCUCUCUCUCUCUCUGUAUAUGAAAAAGUUCUUUUAAUCUUACAAUUAAUCUACAAAGGGUGAUUUAAAAGAAAAAUUACAAGUUUUAAAGUUGAGAGUUGACCAACUCGCUUAUAGGACUUUGCAAUGGAGCUUUUUGUAAUAAAACUUGGGACUUAAAUCACCCUUUGUAGACUAGGAUUUAAAGAUAAAACUAAAAGCUCUUUCGAAGAUAAAAAAGAGAGAGAGAAAGAGAGAGAAGAAAUACAUUUACAUUUACAGAUAAUGUUUCAACUCGGAACGCUUGAUCGGCAACUCUGCUAUCUUUAUCCGUAUAUUUUUGCGCGAGGUUGUUUUUCUUCGCUAAUCGAAAGGGAAUGUAUUUGACUCUUCCUCUUGCACGACCCCUCGAGUCCUCCAGAAAUGAUUUGCCAGAUUAAGAGGCAUCGCUAUCUGGAAAAAAUUAUCGCUAUCUCGAAGUUGGCCGCGACUCAUCGAGACUACACUUCGUUUGGCGUGCAAACGAUUGGUUUUACUUCGCGAUCGAAGAGCAGGCUUUCGAAGUCUCGAGGAAGCUUAAUCCCCCGCAUCGCAUCCUGUGCAUCGUCUUUUUUUAUUUUUGAUAGUCGUCUCGACUUUGUUAAUGCGAGAAAUUCACCACGAUUAUUAUAUAUUUACCGAGCCUCCUCGAUAGCGAGAAACAGAUAGAUAGAUAGGUAGAAGGGCGAGUAUCACGCUUCUUCGUUAUCACGUCCGUAUGUGAGAAACGACACGAUAUCGUGUGAUGCCUUAUGUACAAAUUCGCGUAGAAUCUUGAAGAGAUAAGACGAUCGAUGUGCGUGUGUUAUAUAUGCGUGUGUAUGUGCGGGCGAAUGUUGCAUCCGUGUAUGCUAUAUACAUAUAAAUAUAAAUAUAUAUAUAUAUAUAUAUAUAUAUAUAUAUGCGAGUCUGUGUAUUUAUAUACGUUAUAUUCUACGCACACGCGGUAGUCCAUGUACGUGCUUGUGUAUACGUGUAAAAAAAUACGUGGAAAAAAGAAAAGAGAAGGAAAGGAUGAGAUACGCAUCUGAGAUAGCCGUGUGUAGCUAGUGUGUAAUAUUAUCUGUAUAUUACCGCGGAGCGAUGGGCCCGGGAAUAAUUCGUUCUCACGCGUGCUCUCCGAUCGGCCACGAUUCAGCCGAUUCAACCAUCGCUCGUCGUCAUUCACGGCGCUUCGCGCGAAAGUGUCUAUACGCCUUUCGCGCGAAAACGCGAAAGGGCUUGUAACGGACGAACUUGUAUAGCGAUAGCCAGGGAUGUAGAAUCCACGUAUGAAUUCUCCGAAGUCUCUCGAUAAUUCUCGAAAACACUGUGCUUGUCAUCUUUCUCUUUUUAUACAUCUUUUUUAAGGCUAUUUGAUUAAAAACUCAAGAAAAUUAUUAAAAAAUUUCUAUCUUAUAAUGAAGAGAAUCUUUUUAAUAUUUAUAAGGAAAUAUUCUGAUAUAUAAGAAUUAUUCUUAUAUAGUUUCUUACAGAAUAUUCUUAAGGAAUAUUCUUAUAACGAAUACUUUAUUUUUAAUUCUUAUAUAUUUAUACGUGGGCGUCCGCAGAGAGAGCCCCCCUUGGAAUUGGUAAAAAAAUUAAGUAUUUGCUCUCCUUUUGAAUUUGCAUAUAAAAAAAU